GAGUAAGAAAAAGAGAGAGGGAGAAAAUAUAAGAAAAGCGGCGUUUUCAACAUCUCAUUCUGCUCGCUUUAUCCGCCGUUUGCACUCCAAACCCACAUUCAGAAUCGCCCUUUCUCUCCCAAAAAUGGCAGAAAACACAGAGAUUGUAAACAAAGAAGACGACCCAAAAGGACCCAAAAACUUGUUUUCACUCUUCCCCAAGUUCAAGCUUCAACUCCCCUUCCUGAAGCAAGAACCAGAAGCGGCAAGCGUCGUUGUUGCAGAGGAGCCAAGGAAACCAGAAGAAGGAACUGAAAGUAAGACGCCGAAGCCGGUCGUUCUGAGCUUCCCGAAAGCGCAAGUGGUGGCUCCUCCGCCUGUGGCGGUUGAGUGCGAAGAGCCCAUAACUAAGACUUCCAAUCCUAUUAUACUCUGGCAGCUUUCUGCACUUGGAGGGUAUCUGGUUUUGAGGUGGCUUUGGGCAAGAUGGCAGGAAAGAAGGGAUAAAAAGGACGGGUCUUCGGACGACGGACGGUCUAAUGCUGAUGAAUAGUUUUUUCAUAUGUUGACCACGCUUGAAAUAUGGAACAUAGAAACUACAAGUUACUUUCUGGAUUCCUUGAGUGUGUUUAGUAAAGAAAGUGUUUUCUCUUUCA